UACGCUACUGCUUAAAAGUCAAAAUCUUGCAAAAACGGAAAGAAAUGAUUUAUGAAAAUUCAUUCAAACGAAUUAAAGCUUUUAUUAGUCUACAGAGGUGCUUCAGAGCUUAUAUGUCUCAAUCUUGCCAUUUCAAUCCAAAUCUUACUAAAACCCUCGAUAACCAAGAUAACAGGAGCAAUCAGAGGAAUAAUAUUGGCUCUGCUGUUCAAAUCCUCUUUAAAGUUUCUAUCAUGUUUCUGACUCUUGUUUCGUACCCUAUUUUUUGGGCACACUCCUAGUUUCAGGAGCUCAAUUUAUUUUCAACUUGAGCUUUAAGUAAAUUUGCAUUUCUGCAAAUUUAAGUUGAAAUUCUUUCAAGAGAUUAUUUUUGUGUUUAUUUUACCAUUCUAAUUAGUCCAUACCAUCCGUUAGUGGAUUUCGGUCUUGAGAAAAUUUUGCUUUGAUCUGCAUUAUUUUGUUCAAAAUUGGGAGAAAUUUGUGAAAAUGUUCCUGACAAGUUUGUGGCGGAUGCUGACCCCUGUAGUUUCUACCAUAGCCGUUGCAGGAAUAAUAGUGAUAGGGCUGUUCGGACUUGUGCUGGGUCCCCUCUGUUACGACAGUCCUGGAUCCCCCAACAGCAUCUGCAAAGUGGUCCGAUCUCAACUGGUCGCAGCUGCACUUCUCUCCAUAGGAGUGACUGUCGCGAUAGUCUUAAUUGUCAUCAUCGUCAUCGAAGUGUAUUCGAGGAAAUUUGACGCUCGUGAGGAUAGAUUACACGGCAUCUUCGUCUACAAGCCGCCUCUGAAAUUUACAGAUGAAGAAAUUGGCCCAAUAAAGGAAAGAAAGUUUGACUUAAAUCUUGAAGGUCGGGAGAAGCAGCUAAAAAUCGUCUUGACGGCUUAA